UGUUGGUGGGAGGGGUGUGGUACAUGAGACAUGUGCGGAGGUGUUGGUGAGAGUGGUGUGGUACAUGAGACAUGUGCGGAGGUGUUGGUGAGAGUGGUGUGGUACAUGAGACGUGUGGAGGUGUUGGUGGGAGGGGUGUGGUACAUGAGACACGUGCGGAGGUGUUGGUGAGUGGGGUGUGGUACAUGAGACAUGUGCGGAGGUGUUGGUGAGAGUGGUGUGGUACAUGAGACACGUGCGGAGGUGUUGGUGAGAGUGGUGCGGUACAUGAGACAUGUGCGGAGGUGUUGGUGAUGAGGCUGUGGUACAUGAGACGUGCGGAGGUGUUGGUGAUGAGGGUGUGGUACAUGAGACAUGUGCAGAGAUUCGGACAAUAAGUCGACAUACACAAAUAUCGAUAUAUAUACAUAUGUAUACGUCAGAAUGUUGACAUACUGGGUUGUUGUUUUUUUGUGCUAAAUUUAGCCUAACCCUAAACACAAAAUUAUAAUGUCAAUAACCUAUAAAAUGCCGCACUCUGAACAUGUUGACAUUUUAUAUGUUGACCUAUUGUCCAUGUAAACAUUCUGACUAUUGACAAUUAGACCAUGUCAACAUUCUGACUGUGUAUACCAGUAAUAGUAUUUUUUUUUAAUGUGGUUGUACUUCUGUUUGAGGGAUAAAAGUCAUUAGGUUUUAUCCUUUUCUUAUAUUUUAUUACUUUCACUUAUGGGGUGCAGAAUCUGUGACAGUCACACAAUGGCACCAACACUGCACAGUAGAGAAAUACAUAAGGUAUGUAUCAUUCAUCAAAUUUAUUUAGUGCAAGGUUUCUGUCUGGGUAGAUGCUAGAAUCAAGUGGGCUAAGGGACCUUUUCCGUAAGGGGGAGGAGUUACGACGCAAGGGGGAGGAGCUAGGCCAGCGGGAUAGUUCCUCUACUAUCCACGCCACCAACUAUUACCUUUAGUAAUUAGGUGGUGAGCGAAGCGGAGCGGAGCGAGCCACCGUGCCCGAAGCGUGGCGAGCGAAGCGAGCCCGCGAGGGUACUUUUCGGGUACCCUGUUCGCCCGUAGCUCCUCCCCCUGGUGACGUAGCUCCUCCCCUCAAUACGUCACAAGGUCCCUUCAGCCCCUCCGAUAUAGAACCAACCUUUCUGUCUGACUACAGUCCUGUAAUACCUAGUGGGGCCACUGACUCAUACAGUCAUUGUAGAUAUAAAAGCAGCUAGCUGCUAGUGGGAGAAUGAAGACGUGAUGCAAGGCUGCAUCUUAUAAUGGCUAUUUCAGAGGUGACUACAGUUGCAUUUUGUUUUGUUUCUGUUUACAUGUUUUUAAAUGCAAGACCAGCUACUCCCUGAUCCAGAGCCUUGGCUGUAACUGGGUUUACCAUGGUGGAAAAGGGCAUCCUAUUACUGUAUUGAUAGUCACAUCCUAUUAUGUGACUGACUGCCUCUUUGUCCAGAUACUACUGGUGUGCUCCCUGCCAGUUACAAUACAACUACAACUUGGCUGGCGAUAUCCAUUGAUUUCGGUGUUUCCCACACAAGCUGAGACAUGGGGGUAUAUUUACUAAGAUUCGUAUUUGUCGGGAUUUGGUGGGAGUUUAAACUCGAAUGUCAUCGGUAGUGUGCAUUUGCAACUUUUUGAAUUUAUGUUCGCUCAUUUACUAAGCUUUCGUAUUCAUCCUAUUCGUAGUGGUCGAUGUCGCGGUCAUUCGUAUUUUUUCGCGGCCGAAUGUGUUUUUUUUUCGGCCGAAGAUGGUUUUUUCCACGCGUCAUUCGUACUAUGAGUGUUCGGCCGUGAUACGUCACCAAUGCGGCCUUUUUUUUUUUAAACUUUUCGUUUUCUAGUGUGAGUCAUAUGAUUGGUUUCGAGGAAUACGAGGGAGUGUCAAUGCGCAACCAUAUAAAUACGCCUCCAAACGACCGAACCUCGUGGGUUUAGUCAGUGGAGAGGAGAGAGGUAGCGUUGUGAGUAGUUUGGUUAGUGAGUGGUUUUGUGGUUGUUCUAUUGUUGUGUGCUGUGCUGUGAAAGGUGUCUUGUGUUGUUUGUUGUCUUGUUACUUAUUAGUGUCAUUUUCUGUCCUUGUGGUUUUUUUAUGAGUAUCUUGUCACUGUAAUUGUGUGUGUGUGUGUGUGUGUGUGUGUGUGUUGUGUUAGUUUUAGAGGUAGUGGAGUUUUAUUUUUUUAUAUUUUUUUUAUUUGUUUAUUGUUGUUUGUGUCAAUCAUGUCGGAUUCUGAGGUUAGUGAGGCGGGGGAGGUGCAGGAGGUUAGUAAGGGGGGUGAGGAGGAGGAGGUUGCAGAGGAGGCACCGGAGUCGUCUAGUGAGAGUGAUGUGGCUCCGCAGCCACGUACCACAACCAAAUCAGGGCGCAAUGUAAAAUGUACUUAUGAGGAGAAUGUGGCCCUGGUUCAUGAGAUAAUGCAAUAUCAUCGCCAGCUUUUUGGCCAAGAGGCAGCUAAGGUGUCAUCCAGGAAGAAGGCACAAAUGUGGCAUAAGGUGAUUGAUGCAGUCAAUUGUGAGGGCUUAGUGAGGCGAACCGAGGAGACCUGCAGAAAAAGGUUUUAUGACAUAAAGCGUCGUGUGAAAGCCAAAAUGGCAAGGGAGGCCAAGUCUGCACGCCAAACUGGUGGUGGUGCCCCUUUUGUGGCGACGUAUUUGGAUUAUGAGUUGCCCCUGCAGAGCCUCAUUCCUACAGAGGUCGUGAGUGGGACUUAUGGGAAGGACUCCGAUCGGCCAAAGAAGGCUGGACAUAAAAUGACUAAAGUUUCCUCCGGACCAGGCUCUUCGCAAUCUGCGAAACCAUUUGCUGCUACUGCAGGAACAUCCACACAGGUUGAUUCGACACGGAGGUUAAGUCUGACUGGGGCCUCCAGACCAGCUUCACAGACAUCACCAAGACGACGCAUCUCCAAAGUCUCAGAAUUACCACCACAUUAACUGCUCGAGAGUCCGCCACCCAUGUCCCCGCACUCGCCACAGUUGCCAGACUGAAGGAAUGGAGAAUUUGGCUUCGCAUUCUAGUAAGAAGAGUACCUCAGCUUUGGCUCUCGGCUCAGUGACCUCUGUGAUCUUUAAUGAAGUUGCUGUGUACUUUUCUGAAGAAGAAUGGAACCUCUUAGAGUUGUGGCAGAAGGAGCAGUACAGCAAUGUUAUGAGGGACAUUCAUGCGGCAUUACUCUCUUUAGGUUACACAAUACUUCAUCCUAAUGUACUGUGCAGGAUUAGACGGGACUGUGAGCCAUAUAUCAGCAGCCAGGAGGAGGAUAGAAAAGGCAUCCAUUUUCCUUCUACUAGCUCUUCAGUUCUUAGUCCGGAUAUCAUACUCAGAAUCAAACAUGAUGAAGAUUUAUGCUGUAAUGAAGAGAAUUCUGCAGACAGUGCACCAAGAUUUUCAGGAAAUUCGAGUGGAUUACCCAAGCUCCUUAGUAUGAAGGAAGAAGAAUUAUGUGACAAAGGUAGAGACAAUCCAUCAUCAGAGUAUGGGUGUCUAGAUCCACCCACUGAUGUCUCCGCUAAUAAGAAAGAAAAGUAUGACAUGGAACAAAAAGAUGUUCAGACUGAUGAAGGAAAUUCCAAUUUAAUCACAAGUGAAGCCAAUCACCUGGUUUUCAAUCCCAAAUUAUCCAUUUGGAUCAAGCAGGUGGAUGAACCAUCUGAAUGUGUACUUCCUGUGGCCCUAAAAGCCAACUGUACAGCAGGUGGAAAUGAUGACAAAGUAAAAUCAGAGAAGGAUCUUGUUCCUGAGUGUAAUAAAUUGCCUUCAGAGGAAGCUUUAACAGAAAAUAUAUCAAACAAGGAAAAUGCUCUGGAAAAACAACCAAUACCACAAAAAACGAAUUCCUUGAAUAAACCCGACCAUACUGGGAAAGGGGAAGAAAGUCUUCUCUCAAUUGUGCUUAAAAGAGCUAAUGCUGGGAGUUUAUAUAUGCCAAAUUAUAAAUAUUCAAACAGUUACAAAGGCUUGGACUAUCCUAGAGGCAUACCAAGGACGCCAGAGAAAGAGACUUGUUAUGGGACUAAGCUACCUAUCUUCCAGACGCCAAACAGCAAUGAUCUCCUCAGCAGCUUCCAUGCCCGCUCAGCAUCUGCAAACCACAUUGCACAUCAAGUAGACAAACCUUUCAGAUGCCACAUAUGUGAGAAAUGUUUCAAAACUCUUGGUAUACUAAAUGUCCAUAUGAAGACUCACACCGGAGUCAGACCGUAUCAAUGCAACGAAUGUGGCAAGAGUUUCCGAGACAACUGGAACCUUAAGGUUCACCAGAAAAUCCAUACUGGGGAGACCCCAUACAAGUGCUCUACAUGUGAUAAAGGUUUUAUUCAGUAUGCUACUUAUAUGAAGCACCAACGUAUACACACGGGCGAAAAACCAUAUUCAUGUUGUUACUGCGAUAAAAGCUUCACAAAUAGUUCAAACCUUGUCAGACAUCACCGAACACACACCGGGGAGAAACCAUACACAUGUGUGGAGUGUGGGAAAAGCUUUAGCUACAACACAAGUCUUAUUCAGCACAAAAUAAUCCAUAGGGUAGAGCUGGCAGAGAAUGGUACCAAAGACUCCAGCAAUAAAUGAAUGCCGCAUGACUCUAGACUUGCACUACAACAAUAUGGCACUUACUACAUUCAGAAGUGCACUAGAAAAACUUUAUUUAUACAAAACAAAUUUAUAAAUUUGUGCUUCUGGUGCCAGCUUUUUACAUUUUGAAUAUAUUUGUGGUUAAUUUAAUUUUUAUUCAGUACGAUUUUAAAAUGAUUAAUUGAUUUUAACCUGUGUUUUCCAUAAGUAUAUGGAGUGGCAGACAGGCCAAAUGUCAUUCAAAAAUUUGUUUUGUGGAAUGUAAUUUUGUUGGUCCCUUUGAAAGUUGUGAGGACUGAAAAUGUUUGUUCUAUGAGUCAUUGAUCAUUUCUCUUACCUUCCAAUAGUCGGGGCGCUAUACUUGCUAAUACUGCAUACAUGGAGAGUCAGGGUACAGUUAGAAGGAUGGAGUUAUGUGGAAAAUGCUUUUCUGGUUGAAGUGCAAAAGCAGUUAUCCUGCAGAAGUCAUUUGUACAUUGCUAGAUAGUAGUGCAUAUGUAAUAAAACAGUAUAGCUUAAACACACUGCUAUAAACAAUAGCAAUAUUAACAUUGAUUGGCAUUCAUUAGGCUGACUUCACUACUGAAUUUGACAUCUUAUGCAUUAUCCUGGAAUACUGCACACCAUUCCUCCAUCAUCAAAUAUAAGCACAGUUUGUAAUAACUCAGCUUAUUUUUUACAGAACAUAAAUUUACUGUAUGUCUAUAGAA